AUGACGGAGACAACGGGCAUGGCGACGUUCGGCUCGCAGCGUGACGCAUUAUUCCGCUUUUCAGUGUCUUCAGUGAAGAUCUGGCUAGAACAGCAGACGACGAAGCAGCAGUGGCAAUGCACGGUGUCAUCCGUGAACGACUUUGCUCUCAAGGGUGCCGGUAUUCCACAUGCAAUCGUUAUGGACUCGCUCGCAAUGAGCCUUGGUCGCUCGAAAGCAAGCCGAGAUACUGACUAUGAAGUGGACCUCAUUGCGAUGAGCGAAGGUCGUAUGCGUCUUGAUUUUCUGUUGAAGUUCUCAAAUGCUGAUGUGGUGUGGAAGCCUAAGUACCAGUUUGUACUUCAACCGAUCGAAGUCACGGAAACGCAAAUGCUGCUAGCGAAGUUACAAGACGCCAAUGACGAUUUGGAACAACUUCAUUCGAUUAUUCCCGCGUGGGUCAUGGAAACGACCGAUUGUACCACGCCUCGAAAUGAAGCAGCGAUGCAGAUUAUCGCUUUGAAAGGCACCCAGUCCUGGUUGUACCUGUGCGGUCUGAUCAAGCGUGUGAUUGGAAAUUCAGAAACUCAUGUGGAGUCUGCAGUGGAGUGGAGUAUGACUGCAGCUCACAAAUCCGGUGACGUCGUCGCCAAGUACUGGUCCAUUCUUUGGAAAAGAGCGACACAUGCCACAGAAGCUCUUCGCCUACUGUUGGACCAAUAUGCUGCAAAUACUUAA